GGCCGCGGCGGGAGGACUCUGUUUCCCGUGGGGCAGCGCGCGGGCUUCCGGUGGGGCGGGCGGCGGCGCCGAGGCGGCGGGCCGGGAUGGAGGCCGUGCCCCGCAUGCCCAUGAUCUGGCUCGACCUGAAGGAGGCCGGCGAGUUCGCCUUCAACGCCGCCGUCAAGAAGUUUGUCCUGAAGAACUAUGGGGAGAACCCGGAGAACUACAACGAGGAGCUGCGGAAGCUGGAGGUGCUCCGGCAGAGCGCCGUGAACGUGCCCAGGGACUUCGAGGGCUGCAGCACGCUGAGGAAGUACUUCGGCCAACUCCACUACCUGCAGAGCCGGAUCCCCAUGGGCGCCGAGCAGGAGGCCGCGGUUCCCAUUGCGUGGACCGAGAUCUUCUCGGGCAAGACAGUGACUCAUGAGGACAUCAAGUACGAGCAGGCGUGCAUCCUCUACAACCUGGGUGCGCUGCACUCCAUGCUGGGCGCCAUGGACAAGAGGGUGUCUGAGGAGGGCAUGAAGGUUUCCUGCACCCACUUCCAGUGUGCUGCUGGGGCUUUUACCUACCUGCGGGAUCACUUCCCCCACUCCUACAGCGUAGACAUGAGUCACCAGAUCCUCAAUCUCAACAUCAACCUCAUGCUGGGCCAGGCGCAGGAGUGUCUCCUGGAGAAAUCCAUGCUGGACAACAGGAAGAGUUUCCUUGUGGCCCGGAUCAGCGCCCAGGUCGUGGAUUACUACAAAGAGGCCUGCCGGGCUUUGGAAAACUCGGAGACUGCUUCGCUACUGGGAAAGAUCCAGAAAGACUGGAAGAAGCUGGUUCAGAUGAAGAUCUACUAUUUUGCUGCUGUGGCCCAUUUGCACAUGGGAAAACAGGCCGAGGAGCAGCAGAAAUUUGGGGAAAGGGUCAUCUACUUCCAGAGCGCUCUGGAUAAACUCAAUGAAGCCAUCAAGCUGGCAAAGGGCCAGCCAGAAACCGUCCAAGAAGCCCUGAGAUUCACCAUGGACGUGAUCGGUGGCAAGUACAAUUCGGCCAAGAAGGACAAUGACUUUAUCUACCACGAAGCCGUGCCUGCCCUGGACACCCUGCAGUCUGUGAAAGGUGCCCCGCUCGUGAAAGCCCUCCCCGUCAACCCCACGGACCCGGCUGUCACCGGCCCCGACAUAUUUGCCAAGCUGGUUCCCAUGGCUGCCCACGAGGCGUCUUCGCUGUACAGCGAGGAGAAGGCUAAACUGCUGCGAGAUGUGAUGGCGAAGAUCGAAGCCAAGAACGAAGUGCUGGACCAGUUCAUGGACUCCAUGCAGCUGGACCCCGAGACCGUGGACAACCUGGACAUGUACAGCCACAUCCCCCCCAUCCUGAUGGAGAAGUGUGCCGCGCUGAGCGUGCGCCCGGACACCGUCAAGAACCUGGUCCAGUCCAUGCAGGUGCUCUCCGGGGUCUUCACUGACGUGGAGGCCUCCCUGAAGGAGAUCAGAGACCUUCUCGAGGAGGACGAGGCUCAGGAGCGGAAGCUGCAGGAGUUGCUCGGGAAGAGCCCGCCGCCACCGGCGUCCCCUCCGUCCCCGGGGCUGGCCGAGGUCAGCAAGGAGUGCUCCAAGUACAUGGAGGUGCACGAGAAGGCCAGCUUCACCAACACGGAGCUCCACAAAGCCAUGAACCUGCACAUCGGCAACCUCCGCCUGCUCAGCGGGCCCCUGGAGCAGGUCCGGGCCGCGCUGCCCUCGCCGUCGCUGACCGAGGAUGACAAGCAGGUGCUGCAGAACCUGAAGCGGAUCCUGGCCAAGGUGCAGGAGAUGCGGGACCAGCGGGCGUCCCUGGAGCAGCAGCUGCGCGAAAUGAUCCAGAAGGACGAUAUCACCACCUCGCUGGUCACCACCGACCGCUCCGAGAUGAAGAAACUCUUUGAGGAGCAGCUGAAGAAAUAUGACCAGAUCAAGGUGUACCUGGAGCAGAACCUGGCUGCCCAGGAAAACGUCCUGAAGGCCCUGACGGACGCUAAUGUCAAAUACGCAGCUGUGCGCAAGGCCCUGGCCGAGGUGGAGCACAAGUGGAACACCACCGUUCAGACCUUGGUGGCCUCCUAUGAAGCCUAUGAGGACCUGAUGAAGAAGUCGCAGGAGGGGAAGGACUUCUACACCGACCUGGAGGGGAAGGCUGCCAAGCUGCUGGAGAAGGCCCGGGCGGCCUGCCAAGCCGCCGAAGCCAACAGGCAGCAGAUCUUGGAGAAGGAGAUGAAGAAGCAGCCGCCCCCUCGGCCCACGGCCCCCAAACCGGCCUUGCAGAAGAAGCCGUCGGAGCUGGAGCUGGAGGCGGCCGGGCCGCUGGACGCCGGCGACCUGCCGCCGCUGGGCUCCCUGGGGCUGGCGGCCCUGCCCGAGGAGCUGCGCAGCCUGCCCCCGGACGUGCUGGCCGGGCACCUGGCCCGCCUGCCCCCCGCCACCCUGGCCGCCCUGGCCCUCGACCCGGCCGCCCUGGCCCCGGGGCUGCGGCCCCCCGGCCCCGAGCCGCUGCCGCCCGGCCCGGCCCAGCCCCACGGCCCCUUCGCCCCCGCCCGCUUCCCCGCCGCCCCCGGGCGCUACCCCCUGCCCCACGGCGCCCCGCUGCUGCCGGCCCAGCUCCUGCAGCCCUCCGCCCCCCAAGCGGCCGGGCCCCCUCCCAGCUCGGCCCCCUCCUCUGCCCCCCAACUCUUCCCAGCUGCCCCCCUCAUUCGCGGCCCUGUGCAGCCCGGCUACGUGGGGCCCCACGUGCUCCCCCCACGUUCGUCCCCGCAGCACGGCCCCGCUCCGGCUCCCGCUGCCUCCUACGGCCUGGGCCAGCCCGGGGGGCCCGCGCCCGGCCCCCUCUGCCCCCCUGCCCCCCUGGGGGUCCCCGAGCCGCCCCCCGGCAUCCGCCCGGCCACGACCACCGUGGACAGCAUCCAGGCCCCCAUCCCCAGCUGCGCCGCCCCCCGCGGCGCGGGGCCCCCCCGGCUCCCCAGCCAGGGCCCGCCGCUGCCCCCGGGGGGCUUCCUGGCCCCCCAGCGCCCCACUGGCCCCCCAGCCCCCUUCCCCUACGCCCAAGGGGGGCUGCAGCCCUUCGGGCAGCCGGCUCAGCCCCCUUUCCCGGCCGGGCAGCACCCCCACGCCUUCGCCCCCGCAGCCCAGCUCCAGCCCCAGGCCCUCGGGGGUCCCCAGCCCUUCCCCCCGGCGGCCCCCUUCCUGCCCUCGAGCCGGCCCCCGGCCCCGCUGCCCUUCCAGCCGCCGGCCCGGCCCCCCCUGGCCCCCCCGGCGCAGUUCGCCCAGCCCUUCGCCGGCCCCGUGGGGCAGCUGCCCCCGCCGGCGCCCGGGCAGCCCCCGCUGCGCCCGCAGCUCUACCCGCUCCCGGGCCAGGACCCGCUGCCGCCCCACGGGCUGCCGCCCCACGGCGGGGCCCUGCCCUUCGCCGCGCCCCUGCCCAGGCCCCCCGGGCCCAGCGUCUCGCCCGUGCCCCCCCUGCACCCGGCGCUGGGCGGGCUGCAGCCGGCACCCCCCGCCUUCUGCCCCAGCCCUGCCCCACGGCACCCCGCACCCCCCGCCGGCGCCGUGGGCCUGGGCCCCCCGCCGCCGCCGCCCGCCAGCCAGCCCGGCCCCCGCCCCGCGCCCCCCGCGCCCAGCCCCGGCCUGAGCCAGCUGCAGGGCCCCGGCGGGGUGCAGGGCCCGCUGGUGCCGUCGCCGGCGCCCUCGCCGCAGCCCGCCCUGCCGCUGCAGCCGCCGGCUCUGGCGCCCGGCCCCGGGGCGCUGCCGCAGCGGCCGCCGCCGGCGUUGACGCCGGGCUCGGCCCCGCUCGCCGGCGAGGCGCCCUUCCAGCGGCAGAGCUCCUCCACCGACGACCUGCUCUCCUCCAGCCCCGAGAGCCAGCACGGCGGCUCCAAGGCGCCCGUGGGCCAGCCGCUGCUGCAGCCCACCAAGGCCGACGCCAAGGAGGGCCAGAAGCCCAAGGCGGUGCAGCUCAUCGAGAAGGACCCCUACGAGCAGCCCGAGCGGGUGCUGCGGCUGCUGGCGGAGCUGGACCGCUUCCGGGGCCUGGUGGAGCGGCUGGAGCGCCCGGGGCCCGGCGGCGCCACCGAGCUCGACGCCGUCUGGAAGGAGCUGCAGGACGCCCAGGAGCGCGACGCCCGGCAGCUCUCCAUCGCCAUCGCCCGCUGCUACUCCAUGAAGAACCGCCACCAGGACAUCAUGCCCUACGACAGGAACCGCGUGGUCCUCUCCUCGGGCAAGGACGACUACAUCAACGCCAGCAGGGUCGAGGACCUCUCGCCCUACUGCCCCACCAUCAUCGCCACGCAGGCCCCGCUGCUCGGCACCGCCGCCGACUUCUGGCUCAUGAUCUACGAGCAGAAGGUCUCCGUGGUCGUCAUGCUGGUGUCGGAGCAGGAGCUGGACAAGCAGAAGGUGCUGCGGUACUUCCCGCCGGAGCGGGGCCAGCCCGUGGUGCAGGGGCCCGUCACCCUCGUCCUCACCAGCCUCAAGGCCGCCGCCACCCACAUGGAGCGCGUCGUCACGCUGCAGUACCGCGACCAGAGCCUCAAGCGCACCGUCAUCCACCUGCAGUUCACCUCCUGGCCCGAGCUGGGCCUGCCCGACAGCAAGGGGAGCCUCCUCCGCUUCAUCCAGGAGGUGCACGGCCACUACCUGCACCAGCGCCCGCUGCACACCCCCGUGGUGGUGCACUGCAGCUCCGGCGUGGGUCGCACCGGGGCCUUCUGCCUGCUCUACGCGGCCAUGCAGGAGGUGGAGGCCGGCAACGGCAUCCCCCACUUGGCCCAGCUGGUGAAGCGGAUGCGGCAGCAGCGCAAGCACAUGCUGCAGGAGAAGCUGCACCUCAAGUUCUGCUACGAGGCCGUCCUGCAGCACGCGGAGCAGGUGCUGCAGCGCCACGGCGUCGGCACCCCCGCCGCCAGCAAGGCCCCCAACAACGCCUCCCCCAAGCUCUACUUCCACCAGGACCCGCAGGACCUGGUGCUGGGCGGCGACGUGCCCAUCAGCUCCAUCCAGGCCACCAUCGCCAAGCUGAGCGUCAAGCCCCCGGGCGCCGCCGAGCCGGGCGGCAGCUGGACGCCGGAGCCGCCCGAGGAGGCCGAGGGGCCGCUGGCGCCGCCGGACGGCGCCCCGGAUGGCGUCGGCCCCCCCGGCCCCGAGCCCCCCGCCGGCCCCGAGCCGCCCGGCGAGGCCGAGAGCAGCAACCACGUGGCGGAGCCCCCCGAGGCGCCGCGGGGCGAGCCUUCGGCGCCCGCCGCGGCGCCCUCCUCCUCCUCGCUGGAGCUGCUGGCCUCCCUGACGCCCGAGGCCUUCACCCUGGACGCCUCCCUCAAGGGCAAGCAGCGCAUGAACAAGCAGACCUUCCUGCAGGCGCAGCCGGGCGAGGGGCUGCGGGGGCCCCGGCCCAGCGACGACCCCCUCAGCAUGCUCGACCCGCUCUGGACCCUCAACAAGACCUCUUUGCUACUACAAUAAAGAGUUUGAUCUGG